UGGACUUGACAAAGUUGAAGAAGAGUUAAGCUUUCAGUUUUCUUAAUUUCACCCUUCACUCGUCAUACAGGUAGUAGUUAAGUGUAAGGAUACAAUUUAAUACGUUGACAACACACGCCUCUCAAAAUGACCGAAGAAAAGGAUUUAAUCAAAAAACGUGGCAGUUAUAAGGGUCGGCUAACUAACUUCUCAAACUACAUGAAUUCUUUGGAAAGUACUUCACUUACCUCUGUGGCCGCCAAUGAGUUGCAGUUAAGAGUCAGUAGAAUGGAAUCAUUAUUUAGUGAGUACGACGAAGUGCAGUUAAAGUUAGAAUGCUUGUCGUCUAGCAUUGACCUUCAGUUAUCUGAGCGAGCUGAGUUCGAAGCCCAGUACUUCAGUGCAAUUGCUAAAGCACAGGAUAUUUUACAUUCAUUUAAUAAAAAGCAAGAAGACCUGGGUAGCGAACGUGCAAGUAAUUCUAGUGCUAGCAAUCAUAGGCUUGUUAAACUUCCCGUCAUACAGUUGCCAAAGUUCUCAGGUUCAUAUGAGAAUUGGCUCGAGUUUCACGACACAUUUCUAAGCUUAAUUCAUUCAAAUGACGAAAUCGAUGAAAUAAAUAAGUUUCACUAUUUAAGAUCGUCACUAGAAGGUUCAGCGGCAGUGGUUGUUAAAUCGGUCGAAUUUUGUUCUAAAAAUUACCAAACUGCUUGGAAACUUCUGUGUGAUCGUUUCGAUAACAAACGUUUAUUGCUGCAGAAUCACGUUUCAGCAAUAUUUAACAUCGAAACAAUCACCAAGGAGUCUUCAUUUGCGUUAAAACGUAUGAUCGACCAAUUGAACAAAAACUUGCUCGCAUUGGAAACACUAGGCGAACCCGUAAAACAAUGGGAUACGUUACUUAUUUACAUUGUGUCACAUAAGUUAGAUGCUAAGUCGUACCGGGAAUGGGAAGAGUACAAAGGUCGCUUAGAUAAAGAUAAGCCAAUAACUCUCGAAGCGUUUCUAACAUUCAUGCGAAAUCGUUCUGAUUUAUUGGAAACGUUGGAACUGUCCACUAAUAACACUGUCGGUCGAAAUAACACUUCUCACAAAAACACUCCGAAGUUGAAAACUUUGUCCGUACAGGACACUAAACAAAACACUGUGGCUAAGUGCCCUAAAUGCAGCGGUGAACAUUAUUUACCUAGUUGUUUACAGUUUCUCGCCCUUAGUAACGCCGCGCGAUUGGAAUUGUUACCGAAUUUAAAGGUUUGUUACAACUGUUUACGCGGUGGACAUUAUGCUAAUCAUUGCAAAAAGCCAGGAUGCAAGCUAUGUAAGCGAAAGCAUAACACAUUAGUGCAUGUUACCGAUAGCAAACCUACAUCGAGCGGAGCCUGCGCGUCCGGCCGCGGCGAGGAGGAAAAUGCAACUAAAAAUAAUAAAUCGAUUUUUCCUGUUAAUCAAUCGUUACCUGCCGCGCCCGUUGCAUCUCAUUCUGGUUUAGGGAAUAUUUCGCAUGAUGUCUCGCCCGCCUCGGUACAAACACUAUCGGCUCAAAUUAUGUCUAACUCGCCACCAGCGAAACAUGGCAUGCUUGCGACUGCGCUAGUCAAGGUUUACGAUGGUAAUAAUAAAGAGCAGGUAGCUCGCGUCAUGUUGGACAACGGUAGUUUUGCUUGCUUAAUAUCUCAGAGUUUUUGUGAGAAAUUAAAUUUACCUACAAGUCAAAUUAACACUACAAUUUUAGGUGUAAAUAAACAACCUAGUGAAAUAGGAGAAAUGUGUCUUGUUCCUAUUAAAUCUUUAAACGACACAUAUUCAGUAACAGUUAACUGUUAUGUUCUGCCAUCCUUAACUGAUGACGUCCCCUGUCGUCAAAUUAAUCUGGCAGACCUUAAUAUCCCAAGCGACAUUUGUUUGGCUGAUCCAAACUUCUAUGAACCCGCACCUGUCGAUAUUAUAUUAGGCGCUGAGGUGUUUUGGGACUCAUUUCCUACACGACCUCAGAUCAUUCGACUAGGUAUUGGACUUCCGAUGCUCUGUGAAACUCGCUUUGGCUAUUUGGUUGCUGGUCGGGAAAUUACCGACAGUCUACCUUCCAGCAUUCAGUGUUUCUUUGCUUCUGGUCUUUCGCAUACAGGUGAUAAUGAUUUAAAAUGUAACGACGACAUCCAAACCCAAUUAACGCGGUUUUGGCAGCUCGAAGAAGUUAGCCAUAAGUCGUCACAUUAUUCACCUGAAGAAAAAAUGUGCGAAGAACACUUCGUUGAAAAUACUUCGCGGCUAGCCGACGGACGAUUCUGCGUCAGGCUGCCUUUAAAACAAAGCGAAAGUGUCCUAGGCGACUCAUUUCAACGCGCAAAACACUGCAUGCUCUCAUUGGAGCGUAGAAUUAAAACCAAGCCUUCAUUUAAAGCUUUAUAUCAUGAGUUCAUGGCAGAGUACGAAAGCUUGGGUCACAUGUCACAAGGUAGACAGAUCGCACAUGAGGAAAGGGGUUAUAUAAUACCUCAUUUCGGAAUUUUGCGCGAAAGUACCACUACAAAGCUUCGAGUGGUGUACAAUGCUAGUAGCCCUUCUACCUCAGGUGUCAGUCUGAAUGACAUUCAGAUGGUCGGACCCACUGUGCAAGACGACCUUCUGUCUAUUCUGAUUAGGUUCAGGCAGCACAGGUACAUCAUUUCUUCAGAUGUUGAGAAAAUGUACCGUCAGAUAUGGGUGCAUCCUGACAACCGCCAUCUUCAGAAAAUUCUUUGGCGCAGCUCAGAGACCAAGCCACUAUUAGUGCAUGAGCUCAAUACUGUCUCCUAUGGGACAGCCAGUGCUCCCUUCCUGGCCACCAGGUGUCUUAAGCAAAUAGGCUUAGAUUGCGAGGACGAAAAGGUCAAAGAAGCCAUCGUUCACGAUUUUUAUGUUGACGACCUGUUGACAGGAGGAGAUGACCUUACUGAGGUGAAAACUAUUCGCCAUAAAGUCACUCAAGCACUUUCUUCCGCAGGAAUGAACCUGCGUAAGUGGAAGUCAAACGAGGCUCGCCUAUUAUGCGAACCCUUUCAAUCCUCUGUGGAUUUGAAUAUAGGAUCAAAUGAGCCCAGCAAAACGUUAGGCUUAGGCUGGCACCCUGAGUCUGACGAGCUGUAUUUUCCGAUAGGGAAGAUAGUCUCUAAGGGAAAUACCAAGCGCGACAUGCUUUCAGUGAUUGCUCAGAUUUUCGAUCCAUUAGGGCUUCUAUCUCCGUUCGUAAUCACCAUGAAAAUGCUACUGCAGCGGCUGUGGCUUCAGAAGGUUUCAUGGGAGGACGAACUGUCUCCAGAGAUCACCACGCAAUGGGUAGAACUCUUGGAAGGAUUGCCGGCACUGAAUAACGUUAGAGUCCCUCGUCAUGUUAUUUGCAGCUCACACGUUGCCUUUGAUCUGCACAUUUUCUCAGACGCAUCUGAACGCGCGUACGGCGCUUGUGUCUACGUGCGAAGUGUAGACAAGGAAGACAACCUGCCUCCGUUGAAAUGGCGACUUGGACGCAUUAUAGCCACUCACCCUGGUAAAGAUGGCAUAUCUCGAGUGGCUGAUGUGAAGACAUCUGGAGGAGUCGUUCGACGGGCUUUCAGCAAGAUAUGUCCGCUUCCUGUGGCUACCGAAUCUGCUUGA